UCGUUAGAUUUUUUUUUAAGUGGCUUUGAAGAUUUGCAACUGUUUGUAUACUAUUUUAAUUUUUAAAAGUAUAAUCAACAACAAUGAAGUUUAAGUGUAAAAUGACGGACAGUGGAUCCAUGAGAGAUUUUACCAAUGUUGCGACAACAGUAGCUCGAAUGUCCAAAACCUGUGUCAUCAGGUUAACACAGGACUCUCUUUACUUCAACGUAGCCGACGAAAGUACACCGAUGGUUUGGGCAAAACUGGACCAGAAUCACUUUUUCAUGGAUUACUUGGUGGCAGGCAAAUCAGACGAGUUCAAUGAAAUUUACAUGGAACUAGUCACAGCAAUGCUCGCUAAAAGUGUUGUUUCCCUCAAAACAGCGGCAAAAAGCGUUAAAAUCAAAUUGACAAACAAGCAACAGCCAUGCCUUACUUUUGAGAUUGAGCUGUCAUCCAUCAGUGCCGAGUCUCGUUUGUGCAUACACGAUGUGCCUGUGACGAUAAUCCCUCAGAAAAAGUGGAGCGAAUACAACGAACCCAGUGUGGAAAAAUACAAUAUCUCGUUGGAGAUGCCUCAGUUCAAGCAUCUGAAAAGUGUCGUGGAAAGGAUAAAAAACAUGAGUCCGAUUCUUAUAAUAUCUGCAAAUACAAACGGCGUGUUGGCAUUCAAGGCUGACACUGACACGGCAACCAUCACAGUGCAUUUUCCAAAUCUAGCUGUGCUGCAGUGCGCUUCUGAAGACGAGACCAUAUCUGCUAGUAUCGACAUUAAGAAAUUCCACGCUUUUGUGGCCUGGGAAGCCGUUCAUCCCACAACGAUAAGGUGCAAUAUUCUCAACGAACGAGUCAUCAAUAUUAAUUUGAAUCUUGAUGAUUAUUUGCAAAUCAGGUACUACAUUCCUGCUGUUGCGCUGUAGUGA